CAGCCAGCUCCGCCGGCCCUCCAGCCCCAGCGGGCCAGCAGGUCCGAUUCCCGUAGGGUCGGCUCCAGCCUCCGUUUCCCCAAAAACAGGACUGACUCCCAGUAGGAAGCUUCCCGCCCCACGUUGGCUGCACGGCUGUGACCAGGAGUGGAGCUCUGGGGUGUGCACGUGAUGACGGACAGCAAGGACCUAGAAGCCGAAAUCCACCCCUUGAAGAAUGAAGACAAGAAGCUGCAGGAGAACCCGGGAAAGCCCGCAAACACGGGGGACGGCUUGAAAGGCUUGCCUCGGCAGCCCCGCGUCUCCCGAUGCCGCACAGUGGCGUUCUUUCUGUCGCUCUUUUUCUGCCUCUUUGUGGUGUUCGUGGUCUCCUUCAUCAUCCCGUGUCCGGACCGGCCCGUGUCACAGGGGGUGUGGAGGACCGACUACAGUGCAGCAGUCACCUAUGACUUUCUGGCUACGGAAGACAUAAACAGGGACAGGAUCCAAGAUGUUCUCUUUCUUUAUAAAAAUACCAACGGCAGCAACAGUUUCAACCUAUCCUGCACCGACGAAGGCUUCUCCUCCCCCUGCACCUUUGUGGCUGCCCUGUCAGGGGCCAACGGCAGCGUGCUCUGGGAGAGGCCUGCAGCCCAGGACGGGGCGCUUGUGCAGUGCUCCGUCCCACAGCUGCAGGCCCGCAGGACUUCCUCUGCCUGCGUCCUCGUGGGCAGACCUGGCUCUUUCGUCGCCGUGGACCUGUUCACAGGGGAGACCCUGUGGAGCCACCCCAGCAGCUUUGGAAGGAACGCUUCCAUCCUGAGCUCUUUACUCCAACUGCCCGACGUCGAUGCCGACGGGGCCCCAGACCUGCUGGUUCUCACCCAGGAGGAAAAGGAGGUUGGCGGCUACAUCUACUCGGGCAGCACGGGGCACCAGAUUGGCCACCGAGGCAGCCUUGGUGUGGGCGGGACUGCCGGCUCCCUCCUCCACGUCACCCGGGCGGGUGCUCACUACAUCCUCUUCCCUUGCGCAGCAGGCUCCCUCUGCGGCUGCUCUGUGAAGGGUCUCCACGAGAAGGCGACUGGGGGCGGGAGCCCGCUGAAGAGAGACCCGCUCUGGGAGGGCAUGCUCAACGCCACCGCCCCCGGGCCGCUGUGGCGAAGCCCUGGAGCCAUCCACUACCUGAUGAACGUUCCCGGGAAAGCUGGUGAGGACCUGCUGCUCGUGAGUUCAGAGGCCUGCAUGCUGGUGGAUGGCCAGGACCUGGUACCCAGGUGGACCUUCAGCGCAGCCCAGGUCUCCAGAAAACCCAUCCUUGGCCACUACAAACCUGACACCUUGGCUGUGGUCAUUGAAAAUGGAACCGGCGUUGACAGACAGAUCUUGUUCCUGGACCUCAGCACCGGAGCUCUCCUGUGGAACCAGGCUCUCCCAGGCCUCCCUGGGGAUCCGCCGUCCGCCAGCCUGCCAACCGCAGACCACCGCUCGGCCUUCUUCUUCUGGGGCCUCCACGAGCUGAUGGGCACCAACCAGACAGAGCCCAGAGACGCCCAGCAUAGCCUGUACAUGUUUCACCCCACCCUGCCUGGCGUCCUGCUGGAGCUGGCCAACAUCUCUGCCAACAUCGUCGCCUUCCAAGCGGUCCUGUUAGAGCCAAGCCGCCAUGCCGCCUGCGUCUUCCUGACGGGCCCGACUAGCCCAGACACGCCUGGCAUGGUCUCCGUGGCCAAGCACAAGGUGCGGGACCUCGUCCCGAGCGGUAGGGUGGUUCGCCUGGCCGAGGGCGGGCCUGACAGCGACCAGGCUGUCCGGGACCGGUUCUCCCGCCUGCGGUACCGGAGUGAGGCCUAGCGGCGUGGUGGGACAGGCUCCAGCUGCUGAGAUUCAACACUGUGGGAAAUUGGUCUUUCACUGGGUUUGCACUGACUCCCCCACUCCCGAUCCCGGGGUUCCUGUCCUAUGCAGGGACAUGCGCGGGUGAGGGGAUGCCCAGGCCUCUCCCCUCUCCUGCCCAGCACGUCCCCCCAGGUCCUCACUCUGCCCCGCUGGGGUCACACCCAAGGCCACCUGCCUUCACGUGGUCUCCCUGGGCCACCUCGGGCAGAGCUGGGCCCUACAGCACUACCCUCACUCGUCCACACCUGGUGGGAGGCACCAUGGCUUUGGGAAGAGAGCCCCAUCCUGAGAAGUCCCCUCCCACGUCCCUGUCUGCACCUGCCCUUGUCUGCACAUCCCCCAGGGCCUGGGAGGGUGGUUGGCCUGGGGUGGCCUCAGGGCACCAGCUGGGCCCUUGAGGCAGUUCCAGCUCCUGGCCUUUCCCAGAGCAAGGAGGGGAAGACUGUGGCCUGGUUAGCGGAAACUUGCCCUGGGGUUCCCCUUUGACGGGCCCAUGAGGAACAGGGCUACCAUGGAGCUGUGAGGCCGUCCUGCUGCUCGUGGACGCCCCGUGCUGGCUGCGUGUGCUGUGAACGUCCUGAGGCACUGGCCAGAGGGCGCACAUCGGGGUCCAUCUGCACCCCUCAGUACGCACUGGAGCUGCCCCUCCCUCGGGGCCCCCACAUCCCUGGCCGGUGCCUGACCUCCUCCUGGUGCUCGGACGCCCCCAGCAGUCGGUGUCACCUGACGCAGGACUCACCUUUGUGCCUUGCUGUGCCCCAGGCCUGCUGUGGUGCUCUGUGUGGCUCACCGUGCCCUGACAACCCCAGGGACCGCAGGAAGAAGCCAGAAUAAAUGGUUUGCACUGUCCGAAAGGGCACGUGUGUGCCUCAUAUCUGCUCCAAAGGGGCAAAGUGGAUUUGGUGCUGACAGAGCUGGGGAACCCUCUAGCAGAGUCUCAGAGUGCCCCCCCCAAUCAGAAAUGGGGCCCCGAGGACUUCUCUGCAAGGCCGGCCUCUAAGUGCAGCUCAGGUUUGAAGAUCCCUCUCUGGUCACCCUAGCUCAAGUCAGGAGCCCAGCCUGUGGACGUGGGUAUGCUCCCAUCAGGAUAGGCAGGGGGUCCCUGAGCACCCCUGUGUCCUCCAAGGGCAGCUGCCCAGGCCACAGGAGCCUGGGGGAGACGGAGCUUUGGGACCAGAGUGAGGAGGGCGGUGGUUUAGAGGAUCCUGCCUGAACGCCCACUGUGCAUCUAGGUAUGAAAAGCCUUAUUUCCCAGCUGCGGCGGGUGGGGGGGGGCGGAGAGAGCAAGACCGCUGUCGCUGUGAAAAGCUGCUGCCCAACCCACAAAGGCCUCAGGAACAAGAGGGCUGCAGAGACAAGUCCACAAAUGAAAACCACCGGGGGCGGGGGGCAGGGCUAGGGGCUGCAGCAGUGCCCCUCAGCCUCCCAGGGCCCACACCAGCACGCGGAGCCACCUGCUCGGGAGGGACCGCCCUGCAGGUCCUGCGACUGGGCAGGAGCUAGGGGCGGGGCCCGGGAGAUGCCCGCACUGGUGGGCAUCCUGCACCCUGGACUUGUAAGUAAAGCAGCCAUGCCCACAGUCCCUCGGGCUCCGACCCAUGCCAGGCUCUCUGUGACUCGGCCUUAGGGCGCAGCUGGCCAGGAGAUGCUGGACUGAACCCCAAGUGCCUCCUCUCGCCCCAUGACCUCCCAGGACUCAGCUUCCUGACUCCCGGAGCACCCAGGCACCCUUGUCCUGCCAGAGCACAGAUGGCAUUCCCCACCCUCUCCUCCCAAGACCACCGAGUCUGCAGUCUGAGUCCAGCUGGAAAGCUGGGUCCCUCCUCUCCUAUGGACCCACCCGUGUGGGACCCUCCCUGACUAACGUCUUUGAUACAGAACCCCCCCACUGUCCUCCACCGAUUCCCAGCUCACAUACACCUCACACCUCACGCCACACGGACCACAUGCCUCACACACCACCACGCCUGCCUCACGCCUAAUGCACGCCUACCACAUGCCUCACGCACACACCUGCCACACAGCUACCGCACACAUGCCUCAUACGCCUGCCUCACGCCUACCACGUGCCUCACACACGCCUGCCUCACGCCUACCGCGUGCCUCUCACACGCCUGCCUCACGCCUACCGCGUGCCUCGCACACGCCUGCCUCACACCUACCACGUGCCUCGCGCACACACGUGCCACACGCCUACCGCGUGCCUCGCGCACACACGUGCCUCCUGCGCCAUACACCUCAUGCGUGCACACCACACACCACACUCAACCCACAGUCCACGAUGACUCGGACCACAACAGGGUGGGCUCAGAGUGAGGC